UCAGCCCCUCUAACAGCAGUCCUCCUGAAUUCCCACCACCGCGACCCAUGCCCCGACAUCCUUGGCAGCGUUCGGCAAGCUGCCGUGAACUGUACGCGUCUAGCUUCGAGGAUUCGGGCAAGGCGAGGCCGAAGAGCGAGAAGCCAGCCGGUGGCAAGCCGCUCCUCGAGACCUUUCAGUUGCCCUCCCAGGGCGAACUCGAUAAUCCCGUGACGCGUUACGACGAGAGUAACCGAUCGUAUAGCGCGGCAAGCUCAAAGUUACCCUCGUUAGAUCACGACUCCGUGCCGGAGAAGGUCUACAGUAGCUCCUAUCCAGGUACGUCCUCGUUGUCCACCGAAUCGGGACACGAGGAGUCCGGACCAGUUGGAGAUUUGUCCCACGACGACCUGUCCCACGAUUCCUACGAGCUUCUGGAACGCGAGCAGGAGUUUGAGUAUCCGGAAUCGUACUCGAGUCCGCGGGACGAUAACGAGCCCAUCUCGGACAACUCGGACGAGGGUAUCGAGCACGAGAUGUUCCAGAUGGACUCGGAGACAGACUCCUUCGUGAAGCAUAGAUCGAUAAAGUCUACCGAUAAGCAACACUUCAAAUCCGUGCUCGCUGAUCUUAAGAACGUCAAAUCCAAGUCCAUCGAUCGGUACUCAGCCCCCCCUGGUAAGGGUGACGCGGAUCACGUCGUCACUGAGUCUAGGAUCCAAAGAUCUAAUACGCAGAUAGAACGUAAGUUCGAGACCAGACACGCGAAUUCCAUAGAGCAACAGAGAAAGAGCCUGCUGCCGCAUCAGGAUUCUAACAGUCGUAAGGACCCUUUGAUAAUUCAGGUACAGAAACAGAAGAUGACGCUCCUUAACGAGAUUAAGAAUCUCAAGCCCAAGUACAAGAUCACACACGUAGAUUCGGAGGUGCUUAGGGACGAAGGUAUAAUGCGUCCGAAGUCAAGGAUCGACGAUGACCUCAGUCCGUUGGAUCCCGAGAGGACCAUCCUGGAUCAGAAUAAUCGCGGUAGGACCAUGCGGGCCAGGAGUAUAGCUAGCCUCGAGGACGAUUUGCCAAGACAUUACGUAGAGACCGGUAGUCUAGGUAGAGGUCACAAGUCCCGGGAGAGAAAGACGCGCGAGACGGAGGCGAAGAUGGAGAAGCUCUUGAGCAAGAUGCAGGAGAAGGAGCGCAGGAGUAUAGAGAGGGAGGAGAGAAAGCGGGUGGAGCGGGAGAAUUCCCGGGAAAUUCGUAGAAUGGAAAAGGCCGACUCGCGCGAGCGUCGAUCGAUCGAGAGAUUGGAUUUGCGCGAGCGACGUAGCAUGGAGCGUCUAGAUUCGCGCGAAUUGCGCAGGAGCAUCGAGAGAUUGAAUUCGCGGGAGAGAAGUUACGAGAGGCUCGAUUCCGCCAAGGAACGCAGCAGCCUCAAUCGCGCUACGGAUCCCCGUGGGAAGAGCAUCGAGCGAUCGGACUCGCGCGAGUUGCGCAAGAGCAUGGAGAGUCUUGAGCGGGACUCGAGAAGUUGCGGCAACGUAACUCGACGUGCCGACUCGAGGGAACGCAAAGAGCGCAGCGUCGAGAGGCUCGAUUCUCGGGGGUCCCCCAGGAGUCCAGGUCGACCUGGUCUCGAUUGCGAGCAACGUCACACACUGGAACGCUUCGAUUCUGGCAGCAGAAGUCCGUUCGAGCAUUUGCCGUUGCGCGAGUCGAGAGGUAAGAGCGUCGAGCGAUUGGAUUCCAAAGAGCGACCAACUUUUGAUUUCGAUCCGAGGACUAUUGAGCGCUUAAGUUCGCUCGAGCGGCGCGACUCGAAGGAGAGAGUGCAGGAGAGACGUAGGAGCGGCGAGAGGAGAAGCAUGGAGAAAUUGGAUUCGUGGGAGCGUAGGAGCAUGGAGCGGUUGGACAGGGGCAGCUUGGACGUCAGACGUAGCAGCGAGAGAUUGGACUGCAGCAAGGAGACUAGGAGGUGCAAGACAAAGCCUGAGAGAGGCAAGUCUGAUGAGAAGCCACGAGAGAGAGAUGAUUGGAAGAGCCUGGAGAGAGCGAGAAAGGAUGACGAGCGGAGAGAACGGGAGAGACAGUCUAGGCUCUUUAUGGAAUCUAGAACUGAGACUGUUAUUGGAAUACCCAAUGAGAUGGAUUCGAAAAUCAAGGCAGUCUUCACUGAAUACGAUCCAAAAGUCAUUGGCGGUGUUGUUCUUGGGUUUGAUGACACUGCAUUGCCAGCGCAUACUCCUGUUGAGAGAACUAAGAGCGAUCCCAAUCCUGCCAGACAAAGGAUAGGAUCCAAUAGCAAAAGACAUAUGUUGACACAUCAGAAGUCUAUUGAUCUGACACCUGCUGGCUCUGGGGACGAGGAUCCUUUUUCUGACAGUGUUCCAAAGUCUAACGUGGAGAUUCCUUAUACUUUGCACAAAAGACAUGUCAUGAAUGGCACUGCCUCUGAUGAAAAAUCUGAAUCGGAUAGUGGCAAAACUUCUAAGACUGCUAAGGCCUUACCGAAGGAUUUACCCAAGUUGCCUUUGAAGACUGUCACUGACGUGUCCUGCUUGGACCUAACUAAAAUCGCGUCCACGGAGAAAACAGUGGCAACUUUGUCACCGGAUCGACCAAGGAGUAUUCUGAUCAGUCCUGAUAAACCAAGGAGUAUUUUGAUUAGUCCCGAUAAGCAGAGAAGUACUCUUAGUCCUACUUCAAAAGUCUCACCUGUUGAUCAGAAUAGUAUUGUUUCUAGUUUUUCACCGAUUGAUAAGAGUCCGUCGAGGGAAAUUCCGAGCUAUGACAAAUGCUCUAACAAGUCUAAUUCGUUGGUAAGGGCCAGAUCUGAUGCCUCUUUUGUUGAUAGAUCGAAAUCUCCUAGUUUGGAUAAAAAGACUUUGUUGUCACCUGUUGAACCCAGUGUUACUAUUAUUUCAGCGAUUGAGAAAAGAUCACCGAAACUUUCUCCAAACGAGGCUGGGGUGACAAUCAUAUCUAUGAUUGAAAAGAGAAAACCUGAAUCUGGAACCAGGAGUCCUGGCACCUUGGAGAAGACGCACUCCAGGGAGAAAGCUGCUAUUAACUUUGCUGAUGUCGUUGGCAUGGAGAUCAAACAGGAACUGGAGAGACGCGAAAAGGAGAAAUUGAAAGUUCCUGAGGACGGUCUGGAGAAGCAGGAUAGUAUUGAAAAAAUUCCAUUGCCUGAAAUUCCUGUGAAAAAUGUUGAUCAGGAAGAAUCGCCGUUACCAGUAAAACAGGGAGUUACCGAGAAGCGUGCAGAAGUUCUGGAAAAAUCUAUAGUGCCCGAAAAGCCACCAUUGCCACCGAAACAAAAUUUACUUGCAAAACAGGGUUUGUCAGAACAGUCCUCAAGGAAGAGCGAAAUGACUACUUCACCGGAGGCUGAUAAAUCAAACCGAAAUGAUAUUCCUGGAAAAUCCGAAGAGUCUAAUGAAAAAUCGAAGUUACCAGAAAAACCUAGUAUUCCAGAGAAAACUAAGCGUAUCUUGGACAGAAUAGAAUCGCGAUUUACAGAAAUCUCUAAAAAUUCACCUACGAAAGUAUCCCGGCCCAAAAUCAUUGACACUGGAUACGAUGACUUCGUAGAUCCCGUAGCAGAUCUGCCAUUGGACGAAGUACCAGUGAAACCAGCUUUAGAAUUAGAUAGUCUCAAAGUUCCCGAAUUUACACCAUUCAUGUUGAGACCGCAUGCUGAGCCAUUAAGAUCAAAAUCAUUAUCAUUGGCCGAAGAUAAAGCACCGAUAGACACUUUACUAUCACCUGAAGUGGAAAACAAGCACUUCGUACAAGAUAUAUCGCCAAAGAGAGCGAAGAAGAUGAAAUCCGAGCCGAAAAAGGAUUUUAAGAAGCAAUCAAAAUCGUUGGAGGCCGAUAAACCGCCAUUGAAAAAAACAGGAUCGAAGGAAUCGCGCACGUCCCCAGCAAGUUCAAAGAUUGACAAGUCAAAAUUGAAACUGGGUGAGAUGCCGCAGGAAAUAAUCAUAAUAGACUCCACCGAUGUGGCUCCAGAGGUGAGCAUAGUACAGAAAGGAAGAUCAAAGUCCGUCACUAAACUGUCUGACAGGUCAUUCUCUACGUCAAAGGAAGAAAAGGAAGAAUCAAAGAAGCCAAGAGCAAAAUCAGCUUCGGUCGACGACGACAUGAUAAAGGGUUCUGGAAAUUUAAAGAGCGAUAAACCACGACCAAAGUCCCUAGGAAUUUCCAAGAGUCUAGGGAGUACAGAAAAGAAGGAUUCUCUAGAGAAAAUAUCACCAAAGAGAACAACCAGUGUGAAGUCGACAGUGAAAACCAAUUCAGUCAAGCCUGAGUCAUCAAAAUUAAUGACUCCGACAAAGGCAGACCCAAAACCUGAGGAGUCAAGAUCAGAGAUCAAGUCUGACUCCGAUGCGGAUCAAUCGAGUGACUUAAGGCGAUCAAGCACAGACAAGAGAAAGGAUUCAAAAGUGGAAACGAAGUCCGAUUCGGAUGCUGAUCAAUCGUCUGAUCCAAAACGAUCAAAGCCUGACAGAAAAAAAGACACUAGGAAAGCAGUAUCGGGUCAAGAACUAGCACAGUCCCCAAUAGUCUUAAGGAAACCUGGACAGAGUCCUGUGCUCUUUGCAAGAGCUCGUCUUGGGCUGUCAGAAGGAAGUGGAAUGGGUGCUCUAAAGAGGCAAAGUGUGACAUUGUCGCCAACUGCUCAACGUAGAGCAAAAUCCCUAGAUGCUCCAGUGAUUUCUGUCCACAGAUUACCACCAGCGAAUGCAUUUUCUAGCAAGGAUGACACGGUAGAUGUAAGUGAGGGAGUGGAGGAUCAGGAAAAUGGAUCGGAUGAAAAUGUGGAGGCCAAUCAGGUAUCAAAGCCACAAUCGAUACAAAUGGAAGCAUCGCCCAAUCACAAAUCAGACAGUACCGAUCACACGACCAUACCGGAAUUUUGCACGGAUUCUCUAUCUGUAACAGAAACAUCAGCACAGUAUUUGGAAUCGCCGUUGACUGAGUGUAAUGAAAUUGUCACGUGUCCUGAUUUAAUUCCUUAUGAACAAGAAGUUCAAUUGCAGUUCAUGCGUGACUCAACAGAGAUCAGCGAACCGAAAUCAUUGCCUGAGACGACAAAAUUCAUCGAUCAAAGCUCAGCCGAAUCAGGAACCGAACCAGAGCCGCAACAAGAGGCGACGGAGGUGAAGUCAGAUAAAAUUAGUCGUUCUACCAGACCAAGUAAAUUGGAAAGAGUCGGUACCCUGGAUUUCAGUAGGCACAGGAGAUCAAAGUCUGAAUUUUCUAGUGGAACUGAUAGUUCUGAUGGCGAGAGACAUGGUGGACAAGUAAAAAUGUCGAUUGAUCAAAAUUCAUAUAAAAAAGAGACAUUUUUAGAAUCGAGUUCAAGAAGUUCUACAGAUAAGGAUGAACCUCCUAACGUGAUGGUAUCCAGUGAAAUCAACGUCGUCUUACCUGAGAUAGAUGACUUCAAUCAGGAUAACAAACAGGAUAUGGUAAAGUCACCGAUUCAAAUAUCAAUUGAAGAAUGCUCUGACGAAGAGAUUCCUCGCAGUGACCAGGAAGAUGAAUUGCAAGAGACAUUUCACGUUGACAUAAAAGAAAAGAAAAGAUUGGAUUCUGGUGAUACAAGCGAAGACACUCUGGAUGCCCUGGAUACCCAGGUGCAGGUGCAGGGCGCAGACAGUGAACUAAGUUCACCGGAUUAUGGCGCUGACAAAAUGGAUGAGAAGACCUUAGUAGAGGUCGAGCUUACUCCGGAGUACCUGGAUAUGAAGAAAGAGGAUGAGGAAGGCGCCGAGGAAUUACCGGAGGAUGAACCUGCCGAUAAGGAAGCUAAGGACGUCCUGGAUAAUAAUAGAUUGUCAAUAGAUAGGAAAUUGAGGUUGAGCACAGAACGUUCACGAAGUGAGGAAACGAAUACGUGGACCCCGGAUAGAGAGGAUCCGGACUCUAGUUCCUGCUCCAUUGCUCGUCCUCUGGGAAUCGGUCAGAUCCAGCCGAUAAUCGAUCGUCGUGAAAUCGCCAUGAUAAAGGAGUCCCGUAAAGAAGGUUCAAUGGAAGAAGAAAGCAGCAGCGGUUCUCAUCCAGCGCCAAAAGUUGAACUCAGCUCAACCUGGAAGCCAUUCCCACUGGAGAGUUCAGGCAGUUCGAGUCUGGAGGAAGGAUGGCUUCCGCAAGAUGACAACAAUCAACCACAAUCCCAAUCGGAGGACAGCAAUGGACAGAACGAAGAUAGCUUUCAGGAAGAUCUAGCAGAUUUCUCAGUCGGGUUUGGAUACGCAAUAGGCCCUGAAAUCCUGGCGAAUUAUGGCUGUGCUUUUUCAUUAUCCAGAACGUUAUCCAGGAUAUCAGAAAGAUCAACAACUUCGGAACAAGAUAAAAGCGACCUGGAGGAUUCUUUUAAGCCAAGCUCCAGAUCACCGAGUCUAGACGACGAGUCUCUGAUGUCCAGUGAUCAUCAACCUUCUCUAUCCUCAGAUCCCCCAUCGGGAACAGCGUUACCUUCUGUAUCAGAUGACCGUAGAACUUCAUCCGAACUCCCGGAUAUACCCAUCGACAUAGUAAAUACUCAGGAGGAUGAAGCGAGGUCUCCCAAAGUCAAGUCUAAGCUACAACUUCAAGCUUCUGAAGAUUGGCCAUCGCCACCAAGCUCGCCCUUAUUCGAUACCCCAGUGGUGAGUCACGUGGAGACCUUCUACAUGGAAAUAAAACCGGAAGAAGCUGUCAAGGUGAUGGUGACUGACAGUACAGAUACUCCGGAACGUGUAGAUCAUGACAGCGACUCGAGCGAUGAAAAUCGUACGCUUCACGAUGAUCUUCAUUCGACGCUUCUCGAAGACGGUCAGAGUUCCGCUUCAGCAACGACAGUGGAUGGUACAAUAAAGAUUGCAGUGAAGCCAAAAUCAAAUUCAUACAUAACGGGUUCCUCUCAUAGCGAGGACACUUCGAUGGGACUGUCAAUGUCAGAAUGGUCAAGUUCAAAUAAUACCGUACGUCAAUUCUGUCAAUAUUCUGGUACCAAGUCCGAUGAUAAUUCUUUAGCCGAACUAGGAGCAUCCAUAUCAGACUGGUCAGGCAGCACAACCGUAAUACCACAACAGUAUUACUCAGCAGUAGGCACAGAAAAGAGUCAAAGUGACACGACAACGUCAGAGAAGAGUGUCACCAGCAUGAGGCCAAAUUCAAAGUGUCAACGGGAGUCCAAUACCAACGACAGCCCACCAGUUUUUGAGCAAUCCGGAAACGUGAUAUUGGACGAGGGUCAAUUCGAUUACGAAGCUCAGUUCGACGGACGGCAAUUUGAUUCAGGCAACGAACCGGAAGAGACGGAGAAGGUGGACGAGGACGAAGCAGCAGAAUUCGACGAGGCACGUAAGUUCGUUGAAAGUCAAUUUGACAAGCAUCAGUACGACGAAGAUCAGUCAAACAAAUCAGCAUUCGCCGAUAUAUCACCACCGCGAAUCACUUUCCAUGCCGAGGACUACGAUAACCAUAUUGAAUUCACAGAACUUCCAGAUAUACCCGGACCGAUACCAGAAGAGGACGAGGAGGAGCAGCUGUACGAUAAUGUACCGGCGAUGAAGUAUUCAAGCAGUGAUCAAGUGAGAAUGGAGGUGACUAGAGGUGACUCGUACGAGGACAUGCACGAGCGCUACGCCAGUUUAGCGUCCUCGACCCGAUACGAGUACGACGAGGAUCGGGUCUCCUACGAGGAUCAGAAAACCCUGGAGGCAAAACUGCAGAAGCGUUUCGAAGAGAAGCCAUUAAAUAGAUUCGAGCGCGGCUACUCGGAACCGGUUUACGAUCAAAGGCACGGCACGAGGUCUACAGAGCGGCCUGUUAUCGUACCGAUAAGAGCAAAAUCGACGCCGUAUUAUUCAACGACGAGUCUCAGUGGUGAAUCCACCACGUCAAGUCCACCGAUGCAAGUCAAGGCACAAAUUCGAACGAAGACAAUGACAUACUCUUCCAGUAGGAGUCCUCAGAGUGAGGGUGACACUUCAUCCAGUAUGGACAGUCCUGGACAUACCCCAGAACCUAGAGCGUUCAGGAGGAAGAGACAGCAGAAUAUCAAGCGACGGCAUCGUGUUGUCGUUGACCUCGAGGUUAAGGGUGGACACCACAUUGUCUCCAGUACCGACUCCAGCUUCGACGUGGCUAACAUACCACCGCCUCUUCUAACCGAACAAAGCGUUGACAUCGAUGACGAUGAAUUGUCUGACUCCAAGAACAACGAGCAGUGCCAAAAACGGCGCUGAAGUUCCUUCGUAUGAUCAGGUCGCCACUAGCUCCGCCUAUUAGACAGGAAAUACCGAAACGGAGAAGCAGGAUUCGCCAACGAAGCAAGAGAACAACAAUUCCUUAUUUUCAAACUCGCGUUCACCUGACAAACAAGCAAACGGACACACGGAAAUUGGUAACGUCAGUCUGGCCAACACGCCGG